UUUCAACACAUAAGGUCGCCUCGUUUUAAACAUCCGUUCGUAUGUGGUAUAAAAGAGCAUAUUUGCCACGAUUUAACGUUAGUCUUAAAAUUCUAUAACACAGAUCUGCAGAAAAUACUUUUUAAUUGAAAAAUGUUUAAAUUGGUGGUGCUUUUUGGUAUUUUAGCUGUGGUAGCUGCUAAACCUGGUUAUUUAGGAGCUGGAUAUUUAGGAGGUGGGCAUUUAGAAGCUGGUUACGGGCAUGCUCCAUUAAUUUCCAUUCCAUCUGCGGUUAGUUACCAAGAAAGAACCGAUGUAUUCAGUAAACCAAUAAUUACAACUUAUGCUAGUCACGCCCCGGUAAUUACUUAUUCUGAUCCCGUUUACGCUUAUGGUUAUCACAACCCGUUACAUCUGAAGUCUUAUGGAUAUGGCGAUGCAUAUCAUUAUUAUUAAAAAUGAAGAAAUGUGAUUAAUCGAUUGAUUUAAUUAAAACUUGUUGGUGAAAUAAA